CAGCAGCAGAUCACAUCCUCCUCCCAACAGCAGCUCCACACCAUUCUCCACCGGCGCUCCGCGACUAAACGCCUCGCCACAUUCACUCGCCUUUCCAUAUAGCCUGUCAUGGAUAUGCUGGGGAAGAAAGAGCGGAGAGGCAGGGAUGUGAAGGGCUUGUUGAAGAGGAACUGGAUUCUCAUAGCAACCAUCAGCUCGGUGAUACUGGGGAUCGCGCUGGGAGUGCUGGUGCGGGACUACACCUCUCUGUCGCAGCUGGAGAAGCAGUACUUUGGCUUCCCGGGAGAAAUCCUGAUGAGAAUGCUAAAGCUGGUCAUCCUGCCUCUCAUCGUCUCCAGCAUGAUAACAGGAGUGGCAGCGCUGGACUCUGAGGUGUCGGGCAGGAUCGGUCUGCGUGCGGUGGUUUAUUACCUCUCCACUACCAUAAUUGCUGUCAUUCUUGGAAUCGUUCUUGUGACGACGAUUAAACCCGGGGUGUCUCAGAGUGCUGAUAAUAUCGAGAGAGCAGGAAGCACUCCGAAUGUGACCACUGUUGACACCUUACUGGACCUGGUUAGGAAUAUGUUUCCUGAAAAUCUUGUUCAAGCCUGUUUUCAGCAGUAUAAGACGCAGCGCAAAGAGAUUGAACCAUCGAAAACCAACAUAAGUACAAGUAACACGGCUACAUUUCCACCGUUCACCACCAUUAUUUCAACAGUUGCACAGAAUUUGACCAAAGACUACAAGAUCGUGGGAUCAUAUUCCGAUGGCAUUAAUGUUCUCGGUCUGAUCGUAUUCUGUGUGACGUUCGGCCUGGUCAUCGGCAAGAUGGGAGAAAGGGGCCGGAUCCUGCUGGAGUUCUUCGAUGCUCUGAAUGAGGCCACCAUGAGACUCGUUCAGAUUAUUAUGUGUUACAUGCCCAUUGGCAUCUUGUUCCUAAUUGCUGCCAAGAUCAUGGAGGUGGACGACUGGGAGAUCUUCAGGAAGAUGGGCCUGUACAUGGUGACGGUGCUCAGCGGAAAACUGCUAUUUUGCAAUAACAAGUGUCUUCACUGUAUCAGCUCAGCCACUCUGCCGGUCACGUUCCGAUGCGCAGAGGAGAACAACAGGAUCGACAAGAGAAUCACUCGCUUCGUCCUUCCAGUUGGUGCGACUAUCAAUAUGGAUGGCACUGCACUGUAUGAAGCUGUUGCUUCUAUAUUCAUUGCUCAACUGAACAACUACGACCUGGACGCUGGCCAGAUUGUUACCAUUAGUAUCACGGCAACAGUCGCCAGCAUUGGUGCAGCAGGUGUUCCAAAUGCUGGACUGGUAACCAUGGUGAUAGUGCUCACAGCAGUGGGCCUUCCUGCCACUGAUGUCACCCUCAUCGUCGCUGUCGAUUGGCUGCUCGAUCGCUUCCGUACCAUGAUCAACGUGCUGGGAGACGCCUACGGCGCUGGAAUAGUCCAGAAGCUGUCAAAGCGAGAACUAGAGAGGAUGGACCUGAUUUCAGACGUGGACGCGGCCAACCCCUUCGCCCUGGAGACCACGCUGGAUGACGACGAGUGCGAGAAGAAAUCUUACGUCAACGGUGGAUUCACCAUCGACAAAAGCGACGCCAUUUCCUUCACCGAGACCUCGCAGUUCUAGAGGUGCGUGGCGGUCUCUGCUGAACACGUGACGGCGUGAAAGGAGUUCAGAGAGGUAGGAGCCAUUCAUAAAACCAGUGCCAUGACUAGGACGGAAAGUCAUUAGCGAGGACAUGAUUGAGUGCGGACAUUAGCAAUACCUGCCCUUGCGGUUCUCCUUCCUUCAUUUUCCCAACCGUGCUUUUGAACUUACGUGUGCGUGCGCUAGACUGAGAGAAAACUGUGCUUCCACAGUUCAUUAACAUGUUGCCAUGAAUUAUGCAAAUUGCUGUUUUCUUUUUAUUAACGGCGGUUGUUUCCUUUGGUUUUGUACUAACGAAUAGCUUUUUAGCAGUAGGCGAUUUUCGUGCUUGUGUGUUUGAGAAGGAGCUCCGUGCAAUAUCGCGCAUCGGUUUGAAAGAAACCCGGCAGAUUAGUGUACCGUUCGCAUGUUGCUAACUAGCCGAUGUUAUUAUACUCAGAAAACGCUGAUUUUAAGGUUAUCGAAAUCCGCUUUCAAAAAUUUUCAUUCGCAAAUUAUGUUCAAGUUUCAAAUUCCGUAACGUGUGAAAUGUUGCCAGUUCUGUUAUUUGCACUUGCUAUUGAAAGCCAAAUGUUCAUGAGCUUUGCGUGUCUUUCAUUUCAGGUUUGUGCCAAUUUGAAUGUGUUAAUAUGAAGGGGAACAUUUUUAUACGAACGUUGCAUGAUAAGGACGUGAUGUGGGUUACAGAAAUGGCCUUUGGAAUGAAAAUCAGAUCCUUUGUACACAAUUAUUUUGUCAUGAUAUUGAAGGUGGCAAGCCUUAAUAGUUUCUUCAGCAAGCCACUGAUUCAUUAUUUUUCUUCCUUUGUUGUGGAAUCAGAGCUAUUCUGGGGAAUAUUUUGAAAAGACCGCACCGAUGAUGUUGUCAGUGCCAAAUUUCUGCCAUUGAGCCACUUUUAACUUUCUUUUACAGUAUUUCAUUUCUUUAUACUUUGGGUUGCAUCAGAAAUGAGAGAAAACGAUCAAUGUGAAGCAUUAAUGGUCUGCGUUUAAAGUUCUGAAACUGAAUAAACACUGUAAAGCACACCAUUGUACAACUGUAUUUAUACAGUACAGUAGUCAAAUUAGUCAUACUGUAUGAUUCAACAAGUACUGUAUGUGUAUCCACAAUAUAAUAAAGACAAAUAUGUCAA